GGGGCGGAGGUGGAGGCGGCCGGGCGGCCCGAGGCGCCAGAGGACGAGGAGGACGAGGAGGAGGCGCUGCCGCACUCCGAGGCGGUGGACGUGUUCCAGGAGGGUCUCGCCAUGGUCGUGCAGGACCCGCUGCUCUGCGACCUGCCGAUCCAGGUUACUUUGGAAGAAGUCAAUUCGCAAAUAGCACUAGAAUACGGCCAAGCAAUGACAGUCCGAGUGUGCAAGAUGGACGGAGAAAUCAUGCCUGUGGUUGUGGUCCAGAACGCUACCGUCCUGGACCUGAAGAAGGCCAUUCAGAGAUACGUGCAGCUCAGGCAAGAGCGUGAGGGGGGCAUCCAGCACAUCAGCUGGUCCUACGUGUGGAGGACCUACUACCUGAUCUCUGCAGGAGAGAAGCUCACAGACGACAGGAAGAAGCUCCGAGAUUACGGUAUCCGGAAUCGAGAUGAGGUGUCCUUCAUCAAAAAGCUGAGGCAAAAAUGAACGUCCGGACAUGGACAGCUCUGUGCCGGUGGCUGGUACCGGCUGGAACGCAGCCAGGCCCUGGGCCCAAACAGCCAAGUCAGGCGGCACGUGGGCCUGGCCCUGCGUACAAAAUAAAUCUACUUGCUCCUCA